CGUAGCGCGCUCAUAUUUCUGUUGAUAAAUGUAUGUAGUAUUGUGGUUUGUUGUCCUGCUGAAACAAAGUGUAUAGUGCUCGGAUUGCCAAAUAAUAUUAGCAAGAACGAUAAAAUAUAAUAAAGUAAGAAACCUUAAUAGUUGUCUGUUAUAAAAAGAGAGACUAAAACAACGGAAAAUGCCUCGAGUCAAGGCCACAAAAAAACAAGUUGAAGCGGCAUCGUCUGAGAAGUUGCCGGUAUUGGAAAAAGUCGCCAAUGGAACGUCGUUGGAAAACGGAACCAGCACAACCGCCAGCAAUGGUAUUGAUGCAAUGGUUAAGGAUCCGCCAGCAAGUAAAGCAGCGGGUGGCAAGAAAAAGGUAACGCGGGAAGGUGAAGGGGAAGCGCGGGAAAAGAAGCCAGCUGUGCGUGGCAAAAAAAAGAUUGAGGAACAAAGCGGACAAAAUGGCGUUCAGGAUGUGGAGGAGAUGAAGCCAAAAGGACGAGCCAAGAAGACUCCUGCUGCUGGUUUGGAGUCCGAACAAGAAGCGCCACCGAAAGUGUCCCGUGGUAAAAAGAAGGCGGAAAAUGUAACCGACGAAAAUGGUGUUGAAGCCAAGCCAAAGGGACGACCAAAGAAGGCUCCUUCCGCUUCUGCCCUGGAGUCCGAACUAGAGGCACCCAAAAAAUCUGGCCGUGGUAAAAAGAAAACCGAAGAUGAUGGCGACUCAAAUGGUGUCCAGGAGGAAGUGGAGUCUAAACCCAAAGGACGAGCGGCAAAGACUGCUGCCUCUAGCGUUGAGGAACCUCCAACAACUAGCAAAACCGCCAAGUCUAGGGCUAAAAAAGAGAAAAUUCCAGUUCCCUUAGAGGCUGAGGCCGUCGCAGCACCCGUCAAAGGCAGAGGAAGGGCCAAAAAAGAGAUUCCCCCGGCAGAAGAGGUUCCUUCUUCUCCCAAGAAGGACAUAGAUGAGAUUCCAGGUACAGCUGAGCCGGCGGCAAAAAAACGGGCACGUGGAGGAAAGCGUUUGGCCGAUGCUGAUAUAGCUGAUGUUCUUGAAGAAGUUGAAGAAGCAGAUGCCAAACCAGCAGCUAAACAAAAGAGGACCAAGAAAGAGGCACCUCCUGCAGCCACCGAAACCAAAGGUCGUGGCAAAAAGGCAGAUAAGAUUGAGGAAAAAGAAGAGCAGGCUCUUCCAUCCACUAGCACCAAACGAGGUCAGAAAAAGACGGCCUCGAAGACCAAAGAGAAUGAGGAAGUAAAAGAGACAGAAAUCAAGGAAGCCAAGCCUGCUCGUGGUCGAAAACGUGCUGCUGCUGCUCCUAUCAACGAAGAUGAACCGAUCGCAGAGGCGGACGAGGAAGACAGUGGCUCGAAAAGUAUGUUAGCCCCCGGUUGUGGUGGUGGUGCAGUAUUGAAAAGUUUGCACAAUGUGCUCAACUUUUGUUUUCCCGCAGCAGCCAAGAAAAAGGAGAAGAAAAUCGAAGCCACCCCCAUCCAACACAUGGGCAAAGCUUUGUUUAAUUCGCCAUCAGCAGAGUUUAAUCUCAAGAUUAGUAGCUGGAACGUAGCUGGUUUGAGGGCUUGGCUUAAGAAGGAUGGCCUCCAAUUCGUGGAUUGCGAGGAGCCGGAUAUAUUUUGUCUACAGGAAACAAAAUGUUCGAAUGAUCAACUGCCCGAGGAGAUGAGUCGCUUGCCAGGAUAUCAUCCAUAUUGGCUAUGCAUGCCUGGAGGAUAUGCUGGCGUUGCCAUUUACAGCAAAAUCAUGCCCAUCAAUGUCGAAUAUGGCAUUGGCAAUGAGGAAUUCGAUGACGUUGGUCGCAUGAUCACCGCCGAAUAUGAGAAAUUUUAUUUGAUCAAUGUCUAUGUUCCCAAUUCGGGACGCAAGCUGGUCAAUCUGGAGUUACGCAUGCGUUGGGAGGUGCUCUUCCAGGCAUAUGUCCAGAAAUUAGAUGCCCUAAAGCCAGUAGUCAUUUGUGGUGACAUGAAUGUCUCACAUUUGGAAAUCGAUUUGGCCAAUCCGAAGAGUAACACUCGCAAUGCUGGCUUCACCAAGGAGGAACGUGACAAAAUGUCGGAGCUAUUGGAGCUUGGCUAUGUGGACACAUUUAGACAUCUCUAUCCGGAUACCAAAGGGGCAUACACCUUCUGGACUUAUAUGGCCAAUGCGCGGGCUCGCAAUGUGGGCUGGCGUCUGGAUUAUUGCAUUGUCUCGCAGCGUUUCGUUUCACGCAUUGUGGAUCAGGUGUUUCGCAGUCAUUGCCUGGGCAGUGAUCAUUGCCCCAUUACAGUUUUCCUUAAUGUCUAAAUAUCAUUUGAUAACAAUUUGAGACAUGAAGAAAAUCAAUAAUGGGUAACACAAAAACACACACAUACACAUACUUUUAUACAUAUAUUGACAGGAAUCACUUGCAAAACAAAUUCUUAUUUAUCUAAUA